CCUGUCCGAUAAGAAAGUAGUAGCCCCCGGCCUAGCUCUGUCGGAAGUGAAAAUGGUGACGGCGGCCGCGGCCGCGCGGUUUUGUUUGCAGGCGCUUCCCGGCCCCGUCCUGGACGAGCACGCCGUCGAGGUGGGGCGUUUCGUGUACGAGGUCGGCAGCGCCCCGCUGCAGACCUUCAACUUGCCGGUCAAGCUCAACCGGAGUUUCCGGUACGUGGCUCUCGCGAUAACCAGCAACCAUGGCCAUCCGGACUUCACGUGCGUCUACAGGUUCAGAGUUCACGGCUCGCUCGACGCUCAGGGACACGUUCACAAACGGCUCGAACACGAGACCGUUGGAAGAAACUGAAGAUAAAUUCGUUUAGAGUA